AGGAAACAACAGUUGUCUAAAGAACCAAGCAGAUUAAAACAGUCAAGUGGAAAGAGUAAUCAUUAUAUAGGAGAUAAAAGUAACAUUCCACUAACCAAAACGACAAAAGUGUUGAACAAGAAAUUUAAAACACCAUUAAAGGAAUGUCGAUCACCGUCAAUAAAGGAUACGUACAAAGACACCGACCUUGACAUGAGGUAUAUUGUUUCCUUUUUUACUGUAAUUAGGGUACAGAUCUGUUUAUAUGUGCAUGGGGUAAAAUCGACUUGCCUUAUGAAUCCCUACCCUGGUACGCCACACAUGAAGUCAAGAAAACUAAUUUGUAAUAUCACCCUUUAAUGUAACAUUUUCCUUGGAAAAAAAGGAUAACUGGGGAAGGGGUUCAUAUUGAAUCAACUUUGUCUGACUUGUAAUUAUUAUACUGUCAUGCAGUAAAGUAAUUAAAUUGGGAUUUCCUAAAGGCCCGUUUACACUACAUAACUCAUAAGUUAAGUUUUGCUGUGUUUUAAGGUACGUUUACACGUUGCUAUUUGUCCGCUACGAUUCGUAUUCUGGCGUAUGCAAUUGAGUAACCAUGCGUACACGUUUAUUUAUAUUACAUUUCAAAUUUCGCCAUAAACUAAACGAAGAGGAAUUGUGGCGUUAGCACUAAUUUUCAUACGCCAGAAUACGAAUCGUAGCGGACAAAUCGCAUCGUGUAAUCGUACCUUAGGUGCGAUUUUCUUCUUCUGAUGGAUGUGAACGGAUGGGUGAGUUAUGAAUGUUCAGAUGAGGAUACAUGACCCAGAACAUUUAUAUACCAUCUACUCGUUCACAUUCAUCAGAAGAAGAAAUUCGCACUAGAAAUCGCAAGCAAAAACUGCAAGUGUGGACGGGUCUUAAUAGAAAGCUAAAGAAUGCGACGUUUUGUAUUCACGAACGCCGACCGGAAACAAUUCGAGCUGCUCUUGGUUUCAAGCACGAACUGCUGACGCCAUUGUUAACGGCUAAAUUAUGUACGCAUGCAUGUUCAUAGACUGAACAGUGAUCUCCAUAUAUAUCUGGAGCAAGAACUUCAGUCAUUCGGCCUAAAAGUAAUGCCAAGAUGGCGGCCAUUGACGUCCAAUAGCUCUGAAGGUCUAAACAGCUUUUAUACCAUUUUCCCCCAGCUAAUUCCUGUUUUUUCUAACCGUAUCGCUAACCAAGUUAUUAGUCAUAAAAGCAUAGUGUUAUUCGCUAAAUCGAUGUCAAAAUACGAAAUUUCGGCACACUCCUUAAUUGCGAAGAUCUAGAUGGCGGAAAUUGAAGGAGCUAUGGACGUCUGUUCCAGUCCGUUUCUAUUGUUUUUGUCUGCGCGGUUAACACGAAGCUGGCUUCACUUUUUGGACGCGUGUUCUCGCUCCAGAUAUAUAUGGAGCUCACUGAGACGGGAUUGGAAACUGUGAAUAUGCAUGGAGAGAGGAGAAGUGGAGAACAACCGUCCCACUUGCUAGACGUCUCGACGGUCUCGUUAUCUGGGCUCAUAUUAAAAGGCCUUAUAUUUUGCAAUACUGGAAUUAAAUUUUGAUCUUUAAUUAUAGGACUCGUCUAGAAUUAUGGUUGAAAGAUAAAGGGUAAGAGUUGACCUAAUAUUUUAAUAUCAAUUACAAUUUUAUAUAUCGUACUCUGCCUUACAAAAUUAAGAGAAUUCAUUACGGCCUGCAGAGGAGGCAGGCGCAUGCAGAUAUGUUGUUACGAUGCAAGUACGUCGGCUGGUAGGUAGCACCAAUCAGCGACUAGUUAGCUUACAAUGACCUAAUGUUAUCUGGAAACAAGGAAAAUCCAAGAUGGUGGCUACAUGUCAAAAACAUGAAGCAAAUCACUCACGAAAGUCAAGAGUGUGUAUUGGAGAACUUAGAUUGCUUUGUAGAGCGCGUGGCAAAGGGACCUUGUUUAUGUAUUCCACUAAAUGUUAUACUGUAUAAUAUAGUAUACUGUUGGGUGAUAAUAUUUCCUGUAACUUUAAGAUGUUAAUUUUGUAUACCAAGAAUUGAUAUUAAUAACCGAACCAAGAAUUAGUAAUAACAGUUUCGACAUCAUGGCGGUCGGUUCAUUUAGUCGGUCUGUCGUUUUAGUAAUAUUCUUAUAUCUUGUGCUUCAUUUGAAACCUUUCAAGCCUCAUGAUAUCAUUCCUGAUGCUCACCAGGUAUUGACGACUGACUUAAAUGCCCACCGAAGGGUUUAUCCUACAAGAAAUACGCCUGGUAUUAGUCGCCAUUCUCGCCAAAUACCUUCGACACCGCCAUCUGUAAAAGCCAAGGUCGGUUGUCAUCUGCUAAAGGCCACUUUGAUCGCAUCUUGCCUUAUUUUGUUGGGCGGGGAUAUUUCGCAAAAUCCUGGCCCUGGAUAUCGUAGUUUGGACCACAUUAGGAAGAGCCGUGGGUUGAAGAUUGCACAUUUAAAUAUUUGAAGCCUUCGGCAUAAAACCGACUCGUUACGUCUGGAGGGUUUUGACACGAAGACUUUUGAUGUUCUUACUCUGAGCGAAACAUGGCUUAAUCAUUCCAUUGAAGACUCUGAGAUAGCUCUCCCAGGCUUCACAUGUGUUCGAAAGGACAGGACAGAGACUAACAAGGGUUAUGGCGGCGUUGCGAUCUAUGUACGGGAGGGAUUGCCUUUUCAAGUGAGAAAUGAUCUCCACUCACUUGAACACGAGUGCUUAUGGAUUGAAAUUACCCGUGCAAAAUGUAGAUCGACUUUGAUUUCUUGCGUAUAUAUAGAGCACCGAAUAUAGACUUUUCGGGUUUUAUUUCGAAUUUUAAUAGCUGUAUGGAAAACAUCAAGUUGGAUAAAUGCGAUCUUGUGUUGCUCGGUGACUUUAAUGCUAAUAUGCUUCUGCAUUCCAAGAACAAAGAGAAAAAGGAGCUAUUGAAAUUCAUGCGGGUUUUUGACCUCACACAGCUCAUCACCGACGCAACUCGUGUGACGGAAACCACUCGUAACCUUGUAGAUGUGAUUUUAGUGAACAAUGAUCAUCGCAUCACUGACUCUGGUGUUGUUUCGGUUUCGCUAAGUGAUCACUAUCUCGUCUAUUGUGUUCUAAAGUCUGGGAUAACAAAGGCCCAGCCUAAAACAAUCGAAUACCGCUCAUACAAGAAUUUAAAUACAAACAGCUUUGUCGCGGAUCUCAAUAAUGUGCCUUGGCAUGUUAUUGAAAACGAGGACGAUAUUGACAAUGCAGUGCUUAGUUGGAAUACAUUGCUUACAGAAGUUGCUAAUUCACACGCCCCUGUAAAAAAACGUAGAGUGAGGGGUGUUCCUAUACCUUGGAUUAACAAUAAAAUCAAUGAGUUAAUGAAAGACCGCGACUUUCACCAUCGUAGAGCUGUUAAAACGAAUUCUGUUCAUCACUGGGCUAGAUACAGGAGCCUAAAAAACCUGGUCAACCGUGAAAUCAAGUCUGCAAAAUCUAAGUACUAUUGCGACCUGAUUAAUGAAGCGAAAGGGGAUUCUGGAAAGAUUUGGAAAGCUGUUAACGAGGCUUCAUCGCGUAAUGUUAAAUCCUCAAGUCCGCAGUGCAUCGUGACGGAAGGUGUUCAACACACUACUCCAUCUUUCAUUGCUGCUGCAAUGAAUUCUCAUUUCACCUCAAUCGGGAAAACUCUGGCAGAUAAAAUAUAUUCUGCAGUUGCUGUCGUAUCGUCAACGCCCGUCAUGUCACAACCGACCCCCGUCUUUCAAUUAAACCAUGUUGACGAAGACACUGUGCUCAAUCACUUGCUGUCCCUCAAGACAAACACGCUAUUGGGCUGGAUUUUAUUAGCGCUAGACUUUUGAUAUAUGGUGCAUGUGUGAUUUGUCGUUCGGUUACACGGUUACUGAAUCUGUCUAUUAGUUCCGGUAAAUUUCCUGACAUAUGGAAGUGCUCUAAAGUAAGCGCUUUAUUUAAAUGUGGCGACCGGACAAAUCCAACUAAUUAUCGUCCCAUCUCAAUCUUGCCGACACUCAGCAAGAUUAUGGAAAAAGUUGUUCGUUCUCAGUUUUACAAAUUCCUCAACUCACAAGAUCCACUCUCCAGUAAACAGUUCUGCUUUCGUCCCAAGUAUUCUACCACUACAGCUUUAUCUAAUUCUGCGGACGAGGUCUUACUAAACAUGGAGCAGGGAAACCUCUGUGGCGCGGUGUUCUUGGACCUGACUAAGGCUUUUGACACUGUGGACCACUGUAUCUUGUGUCUAAAUUAUCGGCAAUUGGGGUUUCGCCCAGUUCUAUCAAAUGGUUUGAAUCCUAUCUUGGUAAUCGGAAACAGCGAACCUCCUGUGGGAAUGAAUUAUCUGAUGCCCUCCUAGUAACUGUCAGUGUGCCCCAAGGAAGCAUCCUGGGUCCGCUGCUUUUCGUGGUUUAUAUAAACAACCUACCUGAUGCUGUUAUAAACUCGGAAUUAACGCUGUAUGCUGAUGAGACGGUCUUGUACUACUUUUCCAAAGAUCCACGGCUGCUUGAAGAUAAGCUAAAUGAGGAUUUCCUAAGGGUUGCUCACUGGCUUCGUGAAAACAAGUUCACCCUGAACCUUGACAAGACUAAAUCAAUGAUAAUAGGCAGUAACAGGCAGCUCGGGAAUGUCUCCUCGUUAUCAUUAUCUAUUUUUGAUACUGAUAUUAAUACUGUAUCUAGCUUUAAAUACUUGGGUGUAAUGCUGUCUACAAAUUUUACCUGGACUGAUCACAUAGAAUAUAUCUCGUCUAAGAUAAAUAAGAACCUGGGUCUCUUACGCAGAAUUAAGCAUUUGUUGCCCCACCGAGCUCGCCUGCUUUUUUACAAUAGUUUAGUCUUACCAAUUUUUGACUAUGUUGACUUGGUCUGGGGGGACAAGGACAAUCCUGUUUUAUUGGGUGAGCUCCAAGUACUACAGAACAAGGUUGCGAAGAUAAUAUUAGAUAGACCUUUGUACUCAUCGGCAACUGACGCGCUGACAGCCCUGAAAUGGCUCGAUUUACGUCGACGCAGGAAUUUCAAUCGCUGCAUUCAUAUCUGGAAGUGUGUUAAUGGUCUUACGGAGCAUUCUCUAGACAUUCUUAAAUGUAGUCAGAUUCACAGUCAUAACACUCGAAAUAAGGACACAAUAAGGCUACCUAAAAUUAAACGCAAUUGGGGGAAACAACGCACUAACUAUCAACCAAUCAAAGACUGCAAUGAUUUAGACAGUGAUACAAGGAAUGCUCCAACACUAGUGUCUUUCAAGAGAAAUCUUUUUUCUAAACUUUUAACCUAAAGCUUGCUUAGAGCAUCGUGACUUACAGUUUUAGACUUUUGACUUUUAACUAGUUUUAGAUUUUUAUAAUUGCAUGAUUACUUGCAUAUACAAUGUUCCCUAUGUGUAGGACCUUUGCGAAAAUCACGUCAUAUGUGACAAAGCUUUCCUCAUUAAAGAUUAUUAUAUAUAAAUGGGUUAAUUACUUUAAUAGUACGUAACUUAAACUAUUCUUUAGCUCUAUAUGCAUAUAUUAAAAAUAGAAAGCACAAAUAUUGUUACCAACAUUGGCUAUAAAAUGUGAAUCAAAGAAAAAGCAAAAAGCAUUGCGUAGAUACAUUGCCUUUGUAUUGGCUUUAAGGAUUAAAACAAACGACUUACCCUAAAAACAACUGGAAUGUAUCCCUAUACUGUAUCCCUAUACAAUAAUGCUGGGCUAUUGCAAUCGGCGAAGAUUUCGUCAACUUUUAGAGGCAAAUAUAGCGAAGAUUCUUCUGAUGUGAAUCUCACAGCAUUAAAACUUAACACACGAUAACCCAUAGGAGCCAACAGCAUAGGCUCUGACGAUUCACAAUGAACAAAAAAAAGACCGUGUCCUUCCAAAACUGAAGCUUUUAAUUUGGCGGUGAAUCGGCUUUACAAAAUCCGCCAUAUUUCUCACUCUUGUUGUUUUGACAGUGAAGGUCAAGCGAACAAUAACCGCCCGCUCGUAGAAAAUCAAUAAUAUAUACCGUAAUUAAUUAGAAUAAUCGCAAUGCAUCACGGUAUAGUGACCACUCCUCCACUGGAGCACACGUGACCAUUACUUAAUUUUGUCGCUAAUUUCAAUGGUUUAUUCAAGUGUGAAGAUACUAAAUGUAAAUAAUGAUAUAUCCAAACUUCCAAGUCUUUGAGUUGAGAUAAUGGAGAAGUUUUCGAUAAAAUCCAUCGUUCUAAAAUGGUAUUACUUCUGAUGCGUUGGGAGUUUGGUUAUCUACUCAGAAUUCAAUUAUGUAUACAUGAAACAACUUGGUUUAAGCCCACGGCAGAUUGGAUUUACAAAUCUCAUGGGAGUUCCGAGUCUAUUCAUACCAUUAUGUCUAUUCAUUGAUGACAAACUUCGAGCACGAAAACUUUUGGUUACUAUUGGAUUAGUUCUUCUGAUCGUAUUAUAUUUUCUGUCGCUGCUUCCUUUAAUAUUUUCGUCACCAGCGCCUUCUUGUUCAACACCAAACAAGUCGAUAGCGUUAAGAUCUAAACAUUCUAUCAAUGGUUCAGUGCUUUCAAGAUAUUCUACAAAUAACUUCAUCGCCGACAAUGCUGACUCGGCGCGCCGAACACCCCACACAGACACAGAGACAAGUUAUUCUGAAAAUGUUCCCUGGCUUAGCAAAUUGUUUCUCCUAAUAGUUGUGUGCAGAUCAGCAUUGGAAUGUCCACAUCGAAUAGUCAUAGCUCUAGCAGAUAUGGUGACAAUUGCGUACCUUAAAGAGGAAAGAGCAAAUUACGGUGCAUAUUUUAUGUGGAGCCAUAUUGGUGGUGGCAUUUCGAUAUUCGCUGUCGCUAUGUUGGCAUGAUUUGUCAGAAUUAACAUUUGUGGGACAGAAGAUUAUGGCUAUUUUACAGCGUACAUCGUUGCAAGCUGUAUGGUGCUACUUUCUAUGCUUUCUCUGCCGUGGUUUCAGUAUGAAUACGACGAAAAAAAAAUUAUUAACUGGUCAGAAGUAAAAUCAGCUCUAUGCAAUGUUCACUUCGCACUCAUGUUUUGCAUUCUUUUUUUUACCGCAAUUAAUCUAGCUUUUCAGAUAUACUGGGAGUUUUGGUAUUUAGACGGAUUGUCUGCAAGUCCUUUAGUAGUGGGUAUAGCUGGAUUAAUUCGUCGGCCAAUGCUGGCAAUUUGGAUGCUAUUGUCUUGCGAGUUGCUGAAAAGAAUUGGUGAGCUGAAGGCCAUAUGUAUCGCGUUGUUUCUGUUCGCUCUGUCCUUUUUGACUCUGUCCUUCACACGGGUACCAUGGUUUGUGCUGGCUAUCGACAUAUUUCAAGCGGCUGCUUACGGACUGGCAUUUUGUAGCUUCACAGUGCAUUUUUCAAAAGCAGGUUCAAAAGCAAGUUCAGGAGUUAUUCUCGGUAAGUCAUUCUUUAACUCAUUUCCAAAUUUAUAAUAAUUUAAACAGGACAAAAUAAAAGAACCCGGGUGCAGGUUCCAUUUGUAUUCACAACUUUGUGGGAGCAAUGCGGGUGCAGAAGAUUAACACGAACAUAGAAUAUUUGCUUGCGAAUAGGAAUUUUAUGUCUGUCAUCUUGUUAUUAUUAUCAUAUUAAUUAACUCUGCCAAGGGUUUGGAGAAAACCUGCUUUGCAAAGAUAAAACUUUAGCUGUAGGUAAAUAGUUUAACUGAUGGAACAACUACAUUAUUUACAGGGUGCUGUCAUAUAGACGCACUCAAACAUUUUACGUUUAGUCGCUUAUAGUCAGCUGUCGAGGCAAGUCAUUAUAGUAUAGUUUACUCGCGCAAGAUGACAGACAUAAAUAAUAUUAUGCGUAAAUGAAUUCCUUGUGUCUGUUUGCAUUGAUUUGCUUGUGUUUCACUUUAAAUUUUGUUAUAAAUAGAUAACUGCUCUUUGAUUUUUGUUUUGCCCAUUUGUUAAAAAAUAUGCCCUUUUGAGAGUUAGAGUUUAGGAGUGUGUCGUUGUUAAAAAUC